CCCUCUGAUCUUAAAUUGCUUUAUUUUUCAUAUUUGUCUCAUGGAAUUUAGCAAAAAUAAUUUAUUUUUCUAAAAUCUGAUUUCAAAUUUUCGAAUUUUAAGUUGCUGGAAAGGAAAACAACUGCUGACCUCCAUCUUCAAGAGGAGCAGUUUUACUGAGAAGAUGUAUUUGAGCUUAUACAAAUAUAAUAUACAAUCUUCACUUUCUCUGCACAUCUGCGUCUGCUCUUGCACAUGUAGCUGCUGAUGCAUCAGUGGUUUUGUGGUUCUCACAGUUCAAACCUCCCACCAAUUCAUAAGAAGACUGGCUAUAUGUCAGAAGCAACCAAGAAAAAAAAGUAACUGCUUGGAUUGGAAAUAUUAUUUUUGGCAGUUUCUGAUUAAUGUUAACAUCAAUAAAAACACAAUGAUCGUGAGUCAUGUAAUAUUUUGAGAUGUGAAUAAAGUCACAUUUGCUCCUCUUCAGUUUCCUUUUUAAACCAAAGUGUAAAAAACGUUCAGGUGUUCUUGUUUGUGGUCAGCCAUGUUUUUUCCUUCUUUACCUUCUCAGAUUGUUGCUCAGCUGAAUUAUUUUUAGCUGUGUGGCUGAAUGCAAAUGAUACGUGACGUUUUCAUGUGACCUAUGAUGUUUGAGAAGUUAAUUCCCACAUUAUGAAUAUUAACUUUGGUGUAACAUUCAGUCACUUGUGUCUUUAUAUAGUACAAAAUGGAAAAGUUACUGAGAGAAGCCCUCCUUUAUAAGCUGAUUGGACUGAAGUCAGGCCAAACCGACAUCUGGAAAACCAGACGACUUUCUCCUUCUCUUGUCUUUUUGUCUUCUGAGAGCAUGAAGACCCUGCCUGGUCGCCUGUUUCUCUGUUUGCUGCUGCUGGAGUUCGGCCUCUCCAAGCCAUUGAACGAAACCAAGACUUUUGAACCGGGAAAAGUAACAUUUGAGCGCUACAAUAAGUUUAAGGUACAGCACAUCGAUAAGAAAAUGACUUUGCAGAAAUGCACGGCAGUGAUAAAACAGAAAAAUAUCUACGGCAAAGACAACGGCUGCAAGGCGACGAACACGUUCAUCCUUGCUGAUCCAAACGAGGUGAAAUCCAUCUGUGAGGGUGAAGGAGAUUAUCUGCAUGAAAGUCAUCUGACGAAAAGUAAAAGACAGUUCAGUGUCGUCGUUUGUACGUUGACUAAAGGUGCCCGGAAACCCCAAUGUGAAUAUGAGGGGAAGCUGCACAGAAACAGAUUUGUGUUGGUUCAGUGCUCAGGUGUUCCUGUUCAAUAUGCAGAGAACAUUUUAGACGUUGCAGAAUAAUUCUUCUCUGAACAUUGCAGAGCUUUGUGGCCUGAAGCGUUUAAAAAAAGUGAUGCUCCACAUACGUCUAUCUGCUCUUGAAAUGCCUACUGCUUCAAUUUCUUGUGCAUUAUACAAAAAAAGUGCUUGUAUCACUUUAUGCAAAAAAAAAUAAAUAAAUAA